AUGGAGAGUCUUCCAGGGGCAGAGAGCCUCCAUGGUCCAAUUCCGGAUAACCAGAAUUCCACGGUGCCACAAGCGGACUCUGCUGCUGAGCAGUUUUCUCAUUCCAAUCUCUCGCUGUCAUCUCCUCUAGCCCAGAAGAGAAUUUCCUCAUUACCUCAUGGCAAGACGGCCCGACAUGCCAAACGCCUCACCUUGAACUUUCCCAUCAAUCUGAACGAACCCGAGACACCCGAUAACGUCACUUCACCCGGCGCCAUCACCCCAGUCACACAGUCCUCAACUCGCCCUUCCACUGCUCAGCUGCCGGGAACCCCCAUGGCAUUUGAUGUCCCCGAUGAUGGCUAUGACUUUUUGCGGGCCAUCGCCUCGCAGGAGCGGAAGGUCAUGGAGCUUCGCGAGGAGCUCACUCGGGCCGAGGCAGAUCUAGCGACAAUCAAGAAGCAAUGGGCACUGUCUGAAAAGUCUAGGAAACGGGCGGAGAUCAACCACGCGGAGCCACUGGUGCCCCUCCGAACGCCGGAUUUCUCAAUGCCCGAGCUGCCGAGUUCGCACGGCCGGGGACAGAGCAUAAGCUCAGUGGCAAGUUCCACAGUGUCACAGGAACGGAUGAGCCGGGAUCUAGGCAGACGGUCUAGCCUGCGUGCUGCCGCCGCCACACCAGGAACCAAGAUUGGGAGCAAUGGUCGGCGAGUGUUUCACGGCACACAUACACGCACAUUAUCUCUCUUGUCGCCAGUCUCCGGCCCCGGUAUUUCUUCGCGCGGAGAAUCCGGUUUCCCAGAUGCUGCCAGUGAACGCGUGGGUCGCACUCCGCGGUCUGCGACCUUACCAUCGGUCGACCGCAACAAUGCCGCUUUGAUGGGUGCACAACUAGGCGAGAGCCAGGUACCGGAACAUCUACUCGCACAAUGGCAGAAGACGAUUCCGCCACCAUCGCGGGAGGCCUUGGUGCGCACAGGCAAGCAAAUGGCAUCCGAUCUUCGCGAGGGUCUGUGGACAUUUUUGGAAGAUAUCCGACAAGCUACGGUGGGCGAGGAAGGAAUCAACGGCACAAAAACACGAUCCUCACCAUCCAACUCAUUGGCACCAUCAAAUGGUCGAAAGCGGGAUUCGUUGGCGGCAUCCCGGAGUCGAGAACGGUUGCUAGCGGACGGCAGGCCAUCACGAUCAUCGUCGUCGUCUUCGCGGGGGAGGGGGCCAGCGGCCGAGACAAAAACUGGUAAAGACACCAAGCCGGCGGAAAUUUCCACAUCUUUCUGGAAUGAAUUCGGCAUUGAUACACCCGCUCAGAAGUCUCCGAACGCUCCGCGCACCCCCUCCGACACCAAAGCCGCCAACCGAAGCGAGACGAACGAAGCCGAACACCGCGGCCACCGCUCUAGUAGUUCAAUCGAUGCGCAGGAUGAAGAUUUCGACAGCUGGGAUAGCUGGGACACGCCCCUAUCCGCGCACAAGACGCAUACGCCCUCAUCGAGUCGAUCCACAGUUGCAUCCAAACAUGAUCAGUCGCCCACCACACAGGAUAGCAGCCCUCGAACCAGUGCUAGCUUUGGCGAUUUGUACCCGGCUUCCUCUGCCCUUGAUCCUAGUGUCACUGAGGGCAUCCCCUGGCCUGCAAUUACCAAGCUUGCUCCAUCGAAGCUUCAACGGACUGCUUCCAAUCUGAUGGCAGAGUGGGAGCGCUCGCUGUCGCCUUCUUCGGAGCGAACUGCCUCUCCUUCAUUCAGUCGCAAGGACAGCAAGAAGGAUUAA